AUGGACGGACAGGACCAUCCGCCGACUCCCGCCCCGGCGCAACAGGACACCACGUGGAUGUACUGCGCGGUUGACGAGCUCCUACAGGCGCUCCAGGGCGCCGGACCAAGCCAGCCGCGUCCCGGCGGCAUUCUCGCCGGCCCCUUUCGACCACGGGCUCUACCCGUCGACGUCACCAUCGACGCCGACAACAUAGAGGAGGCGAACUUCGGCAACCACGCCGGGCCCCGUCGGCCCUCUACCGAGAGGAUGCCACCAUUGGCGCCUCUGCACACCAGCCCCAGCGGGCCACGAGCACUCUCUCUGGAAGUCGCCCACCACCGUGGCGAUGACGAGGAGGGGGUGAACACGGAUGACCACGCCGCACGGCCAUCAUCUUCGAGGGGAGUGCCACCCCUGGUACCCCUGCUCGCCGGCCUCAUUGGGCCCCGACGGGCCCCUCUGGAAGUCGUCCCCCGCGACGAUGACGAGGAGGAGGCCCACCAGCACGACGACGCUGGACCCCACCCAGCACCCUUAAGGGGCAUGCCGCUUCAGGCACCCCUGCGCGCCGGCCACAUAGGGCCGCAGCCACCCUCUCCGGAAGUUGCCUUUCCUAACGGCAAUGACGAGGAGGAGGUGCCACCAGACCACCGCUUCGGACCCCUGCGGGUCAACCUCACGCCGCCCCAACGACGCGAAGCUCCAUCCGGAGACCCCACACCCGCCGUCGACGCCGAAGACGCCUGGAACCAGGCCGUCUCCCUGUCGGACGAUUGGGUCAACUUCGACCGCCUGGUAGAGGACACACUGGGCGACCUCUUCAACAGCCCACCGCACGCGGAGCCGCCGGCAACAGGCGCUCUCGGCCCUCUAGGCGCAAGGUACGACCCCGUCUCCGACGACGAGAGCCGUGACAACCGCACACCUCGGCGCUACGACCCAACCGCCGAUGGUGACGACGAUAGCGACGCGACCGUCCUGUACGACCCCACCGCGGAGGACAGUCGCGACAUCCGGAGGAGACGCACCACACCGCCUCACCCCAGCACCCGCCGGACUCCGUCAUACAUGGGCGAAGUGGAAGCCGCCCUGAUCGAGUGCUUCGGGGAAAUACCGGAGGGCCUCUUCGAUUGGGGGGACACCGGCAACAACACAGCGUCAACCAUCUCGGCCGACGAGGACGAGGCCAGCCGGGAUGGCAGCCCGUCAGACGCCUCGCGACCAUCAUCCACCGGACCCGCCGAUGACGGGUCGGCAUCGACAAUCUCGGCCGACGAGGACGAGACUAGCCAGGACAGUGGCUGGUCCAACGCCCCGCGAUCGCCGCCCCCAUGCUGGACUCCACCCAGCACCACGCACGCUGGACCUUCGCCGCUACAAAGCUGGGCUCCAGCCACUACCAGUCGCAGCCGACCUCCUUCGCCCUCGUACGAGGAGAUAUUUGGCCCGGGUCUUUACGCCGGUCCUCACACCACCCGAUGCGCCGCGGUGACCCCCAGCCGCGACCCUCGACCACGCCUGCCCACAAUUGCGGAGCUGGCCGCACAGGAGGCGCGCCGGAGGGCGGAGGAUCUGAGCGAGGAGCUCGGCAUCCCGCAGAUGGCCCAGUCACCAGCCGACAACACACCAGCGGCCGACAAACCACGACCAGCCGACAAUCCACCACCAGCGACGCCACGCCGCCGAGCACGACGUCGGAGAGCGCCCUGGGCGGACAGUCCGUUGUAA